UUCUUUCCUUUUAAAGUCUAGUAAACGAGUGUCUAAUGCUUAUCUGAUAACGGAAUCUAAAUAUGUUACCAAAAUAAUUACUCCUUUUUUUAAAACAAAAACGGGACGUUCUAUGUGAUAGCGCCUGUGCUUCUCUGUCCGGCCUCUUUCUAUCCGUCAUAUUUUUGUCCGGCGCAUAACUUGUAAAAAUGUUCAAGAUAUUACCCAUACCCUAAGCACAGAGGUAGGUGGCGACGAGACAAUAUACAGAGCGCAACAUCCGGAUCGUUAUAUCUAAGGUUAAGGUCACUAUUUGAGGUCAAAUAUCAAAUCUGACGUCAUAUUUUGUGUCCGGAGUAAAACUUGAGAAAACAUCAAGGUAUUUACUUCAAACCAGGCAUGUGAGUGACUGGCGAUGAGACGAUUUACAGAGCACAUAAUCUGGGUCGCCAAAUUAAAGCUUAAGGUCGCAUAAGUAGAUAGCGAUGAGACGAUAUGCAGAGCACAAAAAUCGAGUAUGUAUAUCAAAGGUUUACAUUGACUUGACGUUGUAGAACAGACAGAAAUUAGGAAUUCUUCGAAAACACCACGCACAGUAAACCCAGUAUUUCCAAGCAAACCAUUAAACCAACAACUUGAUAAGCAAGGAACAAACAAAUUUCCACAGAACGAAACAUAACGACAAAAUCACAAGGCAACCAUAGUAAACAUUGCGUGGAAAAAUACCAAAAGCCGAAAUCAAGAUACACGUAAGUACCGCAAUGGAACUGCCUGCAGCAGUCAUUUUCAUUUACACAUUACACACAGCUGCUACAAAAGAAAACAACAAAUCAUUUGUUUAUCAAAUAAUGAUUUCAGUAAAACAAUGCAAAACAUGUAUUCGGCAAUUCUUGACAUAUAACUUAAAGAUAGUACCUAUUUUUUUCAAAUCAUAGGUUUGAAGUUAAAAAGCUUUCGAAUGAAGGCAAAUGUCCAUAUAUUUCUCGAAAAUAGAUAUAUUGACUUGACAGUAUUUAACCAAAAACGUAGAGUUAUGAACAUUUAAUAUUUUCAUAUAAAAGAAAAUCUUGUGAUCAAGGUAAUGUAACUCUUCUUGAACAUGGAGAGCAAAAACAUCAAAGGGACAUAAUAUAUUGAAUAUUUUCUGUUUGGGUGCAUUUUAUUUAACAUUUAGCUGUGAUCUGGAUUGAUACAUAAUGAUCCAUGAUACUGUUCACUGAAAAUAUAGAACAUCUGUUACAAUCUGAUAACAGCAAAAACAUGCGGUAGCAGAAUGCAAAUAUUCGCGCUCUGACCGGGACUCGAAACCUGGACCUCUCACACCUAAGGCAGACAUUCUACCACUUCCCUACAUCAGUAGUUGCUAUAGUUAGGCAGUUUAAGUGCACCCCUAUCUCUUCCCCACUAGAUUACGUGAAUGGGAACAAUUUUGUGACAAUAACAUGUCCGGAUUAUUGGCGUAUUUGCUUUGUUAUCUAACGGCAAUUUUUGUGAUAAGGAAAAAUAUAAUCUAACUUUGCCAAAUAUUUAAUCGGUCAAAACUGCGUAUGAACUUAAUAACUGGUAGUACCUGUGAAAUAUAACUUGCACUGAAUCUUUAAUAUUUGCCCUUUUAGCAGCUUGCGAACGGCAAAGACAGUGAGCUUUGUCCAAAUUUAAGCAGUCAUUUUACCAGUUUUGAGAGGAUUUCAAUUGAUAGGAAAUUACAGUUACAAACUAAAUACCUUUCUGCAACACACGAAGUCAUUAACAUUUACAUUUACUGUCAAUUAUGACUAAGAUCGACUGUCAUUCAUUCAUUCCAAUGAUUCAUAGACAGAGUCCGUUGUUUACAUUUUAAUCGUAACCGGUGUACUUGUAAAAACCACUUCAUUUUGAAAAAUUGAAGUAUGCGAAUAGCUCUGGUAUGGUCUCUAUAUACCUAUGACAUUUAACAACGUUAUAUAACUAAGAAACAAAUUAGCUUUAAGCUCAUUCUCAUCCAUGAGUUUCGUAAUAAUCGCAAGAUGACAUAUGGUCCCUCUGCUGGUACGUGAGAAAGCAUUUAACUAAUUAGCGAAAACGAAAUGUUAAUAUACCAGGUAAAAAUGCUGUACAUUCACGAAAUCAUUAGCAACAAAGAAUAAAAAUUCAUAACCAUCGUAACAGCUAACAGCAACAGCACCCACCUACUAAACAUUUGUAACUUAAUACUUUCUUCAACUUGCCAAAUUAAUACAACUCAGUGUAUUUUAAAUACUUAGUCAUGGUACAUUUGUUGAUAUUGAAGUUUUCUUUUCCAUGCGUUCUGUGACAAUCUGUUGCUGUCUUUUUGUACUCAUAAUUAGCAGGCUUGUAUGCUUCGGGCGUGAGUAUGUAUUUUAACUUCAUUUACUUACUUUUAUCGUAGAGAUGGUGUCUUACUACAUACUUUCCAUCCAAGAAAUAUAUAUUUAUAUCUAUUCCGUCCCUGAAAUAGGUCAUAAGUUUAGGCUGUAAAUUUAAGAAAAUUAGUGGGGGGAAGAGCAGAAUAUUGUUUUCGGUCGGUCGGUCUGUCUAUCUGUCCGUCCGUCCGUAGACCAAUCGGUUUCCGGAUGAUAACUCAAGAACGCUUGGGAUUAGGAUCAUGAAAGAUAAUACGGAGGUUGGUCAUGACCAGCACAUGACCUCUAUUUGAGGUCAGUAGGUCAAACUUCAAGGUCACAGUGACCCGGAACAGUUAACCAGUUCCCGGAUAGUUACUUAAGAACGAUUGGGCAUAGGACCAUGAAAGUUAAUAGGAAAGUUGGUAAAAGCUCAGAAAAUGAUCCCAUUGGAUUUUAAGGUUAGUAGGUCAAAGGUCAAUGUCACAGAGACCCGGAACAGUAAAACCGUUUCUAGACGGUAACUUUAGAACGUUUUGACUUAGGAUCACGAAACUUGAUAGGGAUAUUGGUCAUGACCAGCCGAUGACUCCUAUUGAUUUUGAGGUCCAUAGGUCAUAUUGACCGAGAACAGUAGACCUUUUCGCCAAAUAACUAGUGUAUGUUUUGGUUUAAGAUCGCAUUUGAUUACUCGUAAAUGACCCAUAAGUACUGAUUUGGGGUAUGUACGUCAAAUUUUCAGUGCACACUGACCAAAUAAUUUCGUGUUCUACGAGCUCUUGUUUUAAGUUGGGAACGCCUCUUCUUUUCGUUGAAUUGCAUUUUGGGUAUCAUUUAAAGUUUCAUAUACAACGCCAUAUGAAUACUUCUGCGGGUGUCUCUAAAUUAAAGUUUGGUACUUUUGACUUAAAUAAAUUUUGAGUUUUGCUCAACCCGAGGCUAGAGGAUGUAGGCGAUAGCUUGCAUUUUCAUUAAGGUCGAACCAGGCCUGCAACAUAUUCAUUUAUGUCGUGUAAAGCGACAUGUGUUUUCCAUUGUUCCUAUUUUGCAUCUGUAUACUAUUAGUGUAAAAUGAAUUAAAACGAAGACGACGAUACCAAAAUUACUAAAUCACAAUGAAGUAUAAUUUCUAAAUUCCUAUUUCAAAAACAUAAAUAUCGUCAAAUUUACUAAUGGCUCAUAAUUCUUUAUAUAAAUAUAGGAGCGCGCCCUUUUAAGAAAGAAAUACGUUUGCCGAUUAUAUGUACGUUUAAUAUACAUACUCUACUUUUACUUGCAUGUUCACAAUAUUUUUGUUUAUCACUAAAAGUAUAUAUAUAUUAGGCACCUGUAAAUGUUAUGAUGGAUUUGGUGGUGAUGAUUGCUCCAUUGACUUCGAAAAGCCGCCCUCUACUGCAAGUUUACUUCACGGAAGUACCUGCGACGAGAAAGAAGCAAAAUGCACGCAUGUGUUUAUCUACGGAGGAUUUUUUGCAAGUGAAUCUGUGACUUGUCACAUCACAACAUUUGAGACUCGUGCCAAUAAAGAGGGUCGGCUGAACAUGGAUGCAUACGUCAUACGAGGACAAACACAAUCAUUAAUAGAAGUGAUUUGUUCUCUUGUGUCGCCUAUCACAAGAAAAGGAUCUCUUUCAGACCCCCAAGAAGUAAAGUUGCUAUCUUGCUACAGGGUUUCAGUGAGCAAUGAUGGCAUACAUCAUGGAACACCACUUGAAAUGUGUGUUUACAAUUCAGAAUGUCAAACUUUGUCAAAAAGCAGUAGCGGCAUGCUUACAGCCGACAUAAAGGAAGGAUAUUGCUUUAUUAAUGGCCUCUGUGUACCUAAUCGAAAACAAAAGCCAUCGUUAGAAAUGUACUGUCUUCCAGAAAUUUCGCUUUAUAGUUGGUCAGCAUUGCCUACUUCAACACAGACAUCUAUGACAGCAACAACAUCUGUUCUUGUUACGUAUCUCGACAACUCCAAAUCGAAUUGGCAGACUCCAGUAAUCGUUGGUGUUGUAUGUCUUUGUACAAUUUGCAUAAUUGUCGGUCUUGUGGUCUGCAUACGAAAGCGAAAACGAAGGAAGAAUGAGAACAAAAAGAAACAGAAGGGCGAACUGAAAGUAAAUUUCAAACACAAUGCAGCCUUCGAUGAAGAGACGUAUGCCUAUAUACACCCGACAGAUGUAAGCGACAAUGUACCUUACGAGAAAACCUCGAAACGGACCGCUGGUAUAACCGACGACUAUUUGUGUUUAGACAAGACCCAGUACGCACAGUCAAAUGCGGGAAACAAUAGAGGGGGAGGGGAUGGACCAGUGUUGCCUGAAAGACCUAAUGACAAUGUUCGAGAUCCUUAUGAGAAACUUCGUUCUACAAAUCAAAAACAAUGGGGUUAUGACAAAAUUCUAAACGAUUACCGAUAUCGACACUCUGGUACCAUAGAAAGGCAGUCUGAUCCGUAUACGAGAUUAAGUAACGAAACGCAGAAGAAAAAAGACUACUUCAAAUAUGAGGGUAUUCAAGAGGAUUAUCUCAUACCUAUGACAGGAAAUGAUGAGGGAAACAAAGAACCUCCAAGAAACUUGUUUGUAACAAGAAAGAAAGAAGAUGAUAUCAAAGAUGGAUAUGAAAGGCCAGAUCCACAAUUAUACAGACAAUACUAAUAGUACCAAUGUGGAAUGCCAUAUAUGUAUUUAUGACUGAUUAUGCAGAGUGUGGAAUCGUAAAUAUUCUUCACAUCAAUUAAUUUUGCAAGGCCAUUUCGAUGUUUGUGGUAGCAUAGCAAAAUAGGCAUGAUAAUGAAGCUUUUGGCGUUUUAUAAACAACAAACAUAUUGUCUCUUCUACUCUUUCUUGUUUACGCAAAUGUUAUUCUGCUGGUUGACGACAUAUCAUUUAGCCAUGUCCGUUUACUUAUGGCAUGAUAGAUGUAGUAAUAGUUCUGUAAUUUGUCACUUUGUGACACUUUAACUUCACCUUUCGUUUCAGUUCUUCACACGAACACAAUACAGUGGUUUAAAAUGUAUAUUGUAUUUGCUAUAUGUAGACAUUCCACGACAAACGAUGAUCUGGAACAACAUCUGAAAUAAUGUCAUGAUUGUCAAUGUUAAUUUUGAUGUGAGUUAUGCUUCAGAUUUACAUGGUUCUGUAUCAAUCUUGUUUUAUCGAAAUGAACAUAUUCAUUAGUUUAAACAAAGUUACCGUUUAUAAAAUAUAUAAACAGAAAACGAGAAACAUGUAUAAAAUUACUAUAAAAUGCCUCGUAGCUGUCAGCAACUGCAUACUAUGUCGCAAUCU